UCUUGAUCGGCAGGUCUGGCCGAAAGGCCGCGCCCCCUUAGCACUGAUUGGCCAGCGGUGUCUCCUAGGCCCCGCCCCCGCGCUGGAGCCCCGCCCCCUUGGUUCUGGACUCCCGGCUGGGCUUGCAAGCGUUGGGACUGGGUUGCCCAGGCAGUUGGACGCCGAGGACGCCCCGAAAAUGAUCCUCUGCCCGACGAAACAGUGCCAGAGGCUGCAGGCGGCCAAGAUGAGCACCGGAGGGGACACGGAGCGGGCUCCACAACUGCUCUUGGCGAAGGCGCUGUCUGGCCGGAGCCGCCGGGAGGCCCUGACCCUACAGAUGGGCCUCCACCCGCCCUACCUGGAGAGUUUCCUCCGGAUGCAGCAUUACCUCCUCCACAUGGACGGGCCCCUGCCCUUCGACUGCCGGCACUACAUCGCUAUCAUGGCCGCUGCCCGGCACCGCUGCCGCUACCUGGUCAACCUCCACGUCCUGCAGUUCCUGCGUUUUGGGGGUGACCCACUCUGGCUCCGGGGCCUGGACUACAUCCCACCAAAACUCCGGAAGCUCAGCGAGAUCAACAAGAUCCUGGCCCAUCGGCCCUGGCUGGUCGGCAAGGAGCACAUCGAGAAGCUGCUGAAGACCGGAGAGCAGAGCUGGUCUCUGGCGGAGCUGGUGCACGCGGUGGUGCUGCUGGCCCACUACCACGCUCUGGCCAGCUUCGCCUUCGGCUGCGAGACGGACCUUUGCCCCGAGGGACGGGCCCUGAUGCGGCUGGGCCUGCCGGGGGGGCUCUGCUUCUGCGACGCUGGGCACGGAGCCGGCAUGGAGGGGCUGCCGCUCGGGCGCAAACGGUCCUUGGACUCCUGUGUGGAGCUAGAGUCCCUCCGCGACCGCAUUCACCGGCUGCAGGUGGAGCAAGAGGAGAUGCGGCUGCCCUCCGACCGGGACGAAGGCUCCGACGGGGGGAUCUCCGGUGCAGCAGACCUCUCCUGCUUCCUGCAAGACCCCGGCUUCGGCUACCAGGACUUUGCGCAGUGCGACAAAGACCGGCUGCAGAUCUUCCGCGUCCAGGACUACUCCUGGGAGGACCACGGCUUCUCGCUGGUGAACCGGCUCUACUCGGACAUCGGGCUCCUGCUGGACGAGAGAUUCCGGACGGUGGACGGCCUCAAGGGCGGCUCCAUGGCCAAGCGCCAGGGCUGCGAACACGCCGCCUUCAAGCGUGCCAUCUGGAACUACGUCCACUGCAUCUUCGGGAUCAGGUACGAUGACUACGACUACGCCGAAGUCAACCACCUCCUGGAGCGCCUCCUCAAGCUCUACAUCAAGACGGUCACCUGCUUCCCCGAAAAGAUGAACCCGGAGACGUUUGAGCGCUUCUGGAAGCAGUUCAAGCACAGUGAAAAGGUCCACGUGAACCUGCUCAUCCUGGAGGCCCGGCUGCAGGCGGAGCUGCUCUACGCCCUUCGGGCCAUCACCCACCACAUGGUCUCCUAGGGCCUCCGUGGGCCGCCUGCGCCGUGGCAUUCACCCGCCGUGUUUACUUCACAGCCUUCUCCGCCCCUUUUCCCCUUUCGAAGCGCUCUUCCAUCUUCAUGUGCAAUCGCCGGGCGGAUGGGACCAACCCGGGGACAAAGGGGCCUCUGCGUCUUUCAUUUGGGGGUGCUUCCACAGUUCGGACUUUGCCGUCCGUUCCGGUAUGAGAAACAGGAGGAGGCCCGGUCCCGUCCUUCCCUGUCAUCAUUCCUGCUGCUGAUGUUGUUCCUCGUUGUGCCAACCUGACUUCCGUUUCUGGACAUGGACCCUAUCUUGGCCACUGGGUUUGGGUUGGGGGCAACUUUGGGCAUGGGUUUGAACUGGACUUCUUUGGAGUUUCGUCGAGGAGAGUAAGGCUUAUGCACGUUCACCUCCUGCUGGUCUUUAUGGGGUUCUGAGGCUGCUAAAUUGGGGGGGGGGGUAGACUACAAAUCCCAAAAGCCUUUGCUGGAGGGUCAGUGGGUCGCUCCAUUCGGAAAGUAAAAAAGGACCAAAACGGUUUGGAGAAAAAAUGGGCUUGUACUUUUUUGGAG